AUGCGGAUCAUGGAUGUUGGUGCAGCUCCUGAAUUGCAAGAGCGGAAACUCGGCUAUGUCACUGUCCUGCGUGUAUGCGUGUAUGGCGUCAGGCAAGAUGGAGUCUGCCGUGUCGACCCGGCUAAUCUUCUUCACGUCUACUUCCUGGCCAUUUUGCGCGCAUUUUCACUAGAUGCAAAGGCGGCCAAACUUGAUCUUCAACGUGGAGCACUCGGCGAAAUGGAUCUCGAGCGAUCGGUCGAGUGUGCCACUCAUUUGGUGUUUGAGUGUACAGAUUCUUCUAGUCCUUUGAACACGUACCUUAAUGAUCUAGCGUCAUAUUAUCGACAAAGGGGUGCGGAUGAAUUCUCGACACUCCUGAGUGCAUGGAUCAAGUACGGUGUCUUCAAUCAGUCGAGGGGCAUAAAAGGGAGCCGGGUGGAUGCUACGCCUAGAAACCCAGGGAAGCCAAAGCAACAUAUUGAAGAGGCGAGAGAGCUGCUUUUCCAGUUAGGUCUCAACUAG